AAAUUUACAUGCUUGCUUGAUAUCCAAUCUGUGUUGUGAAUGGGAAAAGCCGAAAAAUCCCAAUUAUUUCCUCCAUAACAUUUCCCCACUCGCCGCUUCAGAUGCAUAGAACUUGGACCGAAUUGUUGUCACCAAGGAUUUUCCUCAUCUCUCCGGCCAAUUUGCAUAUCUCAACUUUAGAGGUAGAAGAAGCACCCCAUGGAUCAACCCGCUGACAAGGCAGAUGCGAAUGUUUGUAGCAGUUCCUUGAUACGGUUGAGGUGCAGUCCCUGAUGAGAUAGACCUGGUUAAAGAACUAAAGAUAAAAUGGAGCUUGAUUUGAACGAGGAGCCCUUGGACCAAACCCCUACUUCAGUGAUUGGAUUUGAUUCUAUAUUGGAUGAGCUAGAAUCUACCCAUGACCAUAUAGAGGAGCGCAUUAGGCAACUUGAAGCAGUAACGUUGAGAGCUAGGCAGCGUCAGAGGUGGCGACGGGGUCAUGAUUCAGUUCAAAUAAAUAACAUUGUCGCAGAUAUGAUGAUGGUGCCUAGUGCUCAGGAUGAACACAGGAUGCCCCAAGAAUAUGGUGGGAUUGCGGUCCAAGAGCAAACAGUUGUGUUAGCAGAGUUGACCAGAACUAAUGCUCAAAAUGAAGGUAGAUUGGCUAGUGAAGAGGCUGGUGCAGUCCAAGAAAGAACGGUCAACAAUAGGAAAACAGGCAAGAGGAACAGUUCCCAUUUAGUAGCUCAAGCAUUGGGCAUGGAUCCAUAUAUAGAUGAGACAGUGAGCACCACUGGGAAUUUUUUUGAUUGUAAUAUCUGUCUGGACAUGGCAAGGGAUCCUAUUUUGACCUGCUGCGGUCAUUUAUUCUGCUGGCCAUGCUUCUAUCAGGUGUCGUUUGACUAUUCAAAUGUAAGGGAAUGCCCUGUUUGUAAGGGAGAAGUCGCUGAAACAGGCAUUAUUCCAAUAUAUGGAAGUAAAAACAACUCUAGCAACCAUGAGUUGGAAUUGAAAGAAAGUGGCUUCACUGUCCCUCCUCGGCCCCAGGCACGUAGGAUUGAGAGUCUCAGACAGCAGCUUAUAAGCAGGGGAGCAUCUUCUUCUACAAUCCAGGAGCUUAGGCGGUUUAUUGGUGCAGCUGCAACUGAUAGAACUCGUUUUUCAGUCAAUCAACCUCACCAUUCCCAGCCUCAAGCAUUGCAUGGCAUGGAGACCAGAGUCAGGCAGCCUAAUCGUUCACGUCUCCUUUCAAGGUUGUUAGUGGAAGGAGCUGCUUCAUUUUCAUCCCUUUCAUCAGCAUUAAAUUCUGCAAUGGAUUCUGCUGAAAGAUUAGUUGGAGACCUUGAAGCAUAUAUUCAUCCGCAGCAACCUCAACCCAUAGGAAGCUCUAGAGAGCUGCUUCAUCCUCUUCCUCAUAAUAGAGAUUCACCUUCUAGCAUUGCUGCUACAAACCAAUCUGGGAGACUUAUUCCAGAUGUUGCUGCAAGCAAUUCCGCUGCAAAUGCUUCUCUUUCUCCUUUACAUAUGAAUAAUGAUGCAACUGCUGUAAUAGAUUCAGGUAUACAGACAACAGAUAGCAGUGUACAGAUUAGUUCAACAGAGCCUUCCUCAUCUUCUAGCAGAACUGUUGUGACAGGACUUCCAGACCUUUACAAUAGGGUUUCAAAUGGGCGCAGAAGGAGAAGGUUAAGAAGAUGAUCUUUUCUGCGAGGACAUACAUGCGCCUCAUGGACUGAAGUGUUUUUUAAUUUCUUGCGAAAUCGGAUUUCUGCAACCAUGCAUGGAUAGCUGAGAUAGUUGCUUGCUGUCCCCAGUCUUUGCAAGCUUACAGCGGAUUGAGCCAAGUUUUAGAGGGGUUAAAAUUUGACAAAAGUGAUGUAACUAGGCAUCAGCGAGAUUAUUUAAAUAACUUGAUAUGGUUAUUUUAGUCUGUCAUAUGAUUUUUCUUUUCCUUUUACCACUAUGUAGGCUAAUUAUCAUUUGAAUUUUUAGCGGUUAUGAUCAUAACAAAUAUUUAGAUGCAUUAAGUUCAACCAAAUUGUAUGAUCAACUUUUUCUUGAAGAAGAUUGUAUGACUAACUUCUUUAUUGGUUUUUUGGGUUGAACUGUAUGACUAACUUUACGAAGUAAUUAAUCCUGGCCUGGAUAUGACCCAAUGGACCGAGAUAGAUGGCUUAUGAUUUUCAA